CCCAGCAUGCACCUCGAGCGCAGGGCGAGAGAGCUUCCUCGCGAAGAUGGCGGCUCCCUUGACGCUCCUAAUGAUUGUCGCCGUGACGGUCCGUGCCGUUCUAUUCCGGUCCAGUUUGGCGGAGCUGAUUUCAGAGAGGGUGGAGGUGGUGUCACCGAUUACUGCCUGGAAAAGAGUGAUCGAGGGUCUGGCUCUGCUUGACCUGGGAGUGUCUCCGUACUCUGGAGAUGUUUUCCACGAGACUCCGCUCAUCAUCUACCUCUUCCACUUCCUGGUGGAUUAUGCAGAGAUCACCUUCAUGCUGGCAGACGUGGUGACGGCCGCGGCGCUGUACGCAGCAGCCAAGGAUUACAACAAACAAGUGUUCAGAAAACAGAAGUUUGCGUUGGAGGCGGACCGCUACCCCCCGGACUGUCUGGAGCUCAUCAGGACCCCCUUAGAGAUGCACUACGUCCCCCUGAAAGUGGCCAUGUUUUACCUGCUGAACCCGUUCACCAUCUUGUCCUGCGUCGCCAAGUCCACCUGCGGCCUGAACAACAUGGUCAUCUCUCUCUUCAUCCUCUGCACGGUCAAAGGAAACGUGCUGCUGAGCGCCAUCUUCCUGUGUCUGGCCACCUAUCAGUCCGUCUACCCUCUGACCCUGUGCGCUCCUGCAAUGCUCUACCUGAUGCAGCGUCAGUACAUCCCGGUCAACCUCCGGCGCGUCAGCUUCUGGUGGUUUGUGGUUCAAUACCUCUUCAUGUACCUGGGCAGCCUGUUCGUCCUGGUCUGCCUGUCCUUCUUCCUGCUGGGCUCCUGGGACUACAUGCCGUCCGUCUACGGCUUCAUCCUCUCCGUUCCUGACCUGACCCCCAACAUCGGCCUCUUCUGGUAUUUCUUUGCCGAAAUGUUUGAACAUUUCCGCCUCUUCUUCCUCUGCGUCUUCCAGAUCAACGUCUUCUUCUAUACCAUCCCUCUGUCCAUCAAACUCAAGGAGCAUCCCGUGUUCCUGAUCUUCAUGCAGCUAGCCGUGAUCUCCAUCUUUAAAUCCUACCCCACCGUGGGGGACGUCGCCCUCUACAUGGCCUUCCUCCCGCUCUGGAGUCACCUGCACCGCUUCCUGAGGAACAUCUUCCUGGUGUCCUGCGUCCUGCUGGCCUGCUCGGCGCUGUUCCCGGUCCUCUGGCACCUCUGGAUCUACGCCGGCAGCGCCAACUCCAACUUCUACUACGCCAUAACGCUGCUGUUCAACGUGGCGCAGAUCCUGCUGGUGUCGGAUUAUUUCUACGCCUUCCUGCGGAGGGAACACCACCUCACCUAUGGGCUGUACCUGAAGAAGAAGGACGGCUCGGAAGCAACGCUGGUCCUGAAGUAAACCCCCCCCUGAGCGUCUGCAGGGACAGACGGUGGAGCUCCUCUUCACGCUCGAGGAGGAGACGGCGUCCGAAGCCGCACCGCUCCUCCGACGGACCGAAGCCGCCCGUGCAGAGGCGGCGGUGCAGCUUGAUGCAGCUGAGCUGCUGCGGCUGCAGGACCUGAGACACGUGCUCCAUGCAGACCUGCGGGUCCUUCUGUUCUGGAGUGCUCUUAUUUUGAAGCUUCUUUCCAGUGGAACAAGCAAAGCUUUUAUUUUACAGACUAUUUAACCCGCUCUGUUGGACUUUAUUUUGACUUUUUUUUUAAACACUCCUCUGCAAUGAGCUUUUACUUUGAAAGCUUCCUCUUCCUUUGAAGUCAAACAAGUUGGAAAAAUAAGUAUUUCUGACUAAACCUGUAUUGUAACCUAUUUUAUAAACUGGACGGAAAAAUGUGAACGGAAGCUUCAUUUACAGACUUCUAUAAAUCAAACCGUUAGAGUUUUCAACCUUUUCCUCGUUUUGUGUCGAUGCUGCCGGGACUCGACUCGUUCAUCUGAUCAAUACUGAUUUAUGGAUCCUCACUGAUCAGACGGCAACAGCAGGGCAGCUGGAGAGAAUUUCAAAUUUAACGUUUAAACUUUUUCAUUUCUGCUUGAUUGUAGAUACAGACGGAUUUCUGAGUUUGAUCAUUUUCCUGGUAAAACAGCAGAAUAAAGAGAUUUAAUCCAAAUUUAAUCCAGAUUAUGUUUGAAAUCUGUGGUCUUUAACACUGUGGACUACAGCACAUGUAUGGCAACAAAACAGAGUUAUAAAGGCUUUAUUUCUGUAAAUGUAAUCUUUUAAAAAGAAAACUGUGUCUGGAGUUUGACGUUUUUCCUAAUGUGAGCAGAAUAAUAUCUGAGUCUGGAGUCAUUAGCGUGAAGAAGGUCGUUCUCCGUGUCUGGGUUGUUUUCACAUUAACUUCAGGUCUUCCUUUGCUGAUCCUCCGAGUCUCCGCAGGUCAGACAACCACAGCUAGAGUCUAGUAAUUGAACUACAAACCCAGGAGUUUAGAAAGGCAUGUCAUUCUUUUAUAUACUCUGGUACUUUUGGUUUGAACUGAUAUUUACUUUUUUUAUGUUUCAUUUGUGAAUAAAAGUGUCAAAUGUUG